AUGACGAACGAAGAACACACUGAAUUAGAUGACGGGACAACUAGAGAACAAGAUCCAGCAUCAGAAUGGGUCUUUGACAAAGUGCAGCAAAUGGUCAAGAUCAACAAAACGAAAUGGAACGAAUUUAAGAAUAAUGAAGAAGUGAGUUUAAAAGAAGAUAUAAUAGUAUCUGCGGAGCCAACAGUUGCUGGAAACAGAAAGGGUCUCGUAUUUAUGAAGCACAACCCUGUUAAAAUUAACAAUGACAACUAUGUGGAGUCACUAUUCUAUGAGGAUUUAUUCGGAGAUCCACUUGUAAAUUUACAACGUAUUGUUGAGGGCGUUUAUCUUCCACUGUUACAAUCUCCAAAGAAUCAAAAGGGAUGGCCUAACGUUGUUGCCCAAGAUCUAAUUCGACAAUUUCACAGAUUUACUGGAAUGCUAGAUUUAUUUAUUGGACAUACUAAGGGAGAAGUAAUUUUGCCAAUGCCACCAACAGAAGGUAUAGACGCCACUUCACUCGAUCGAUCUCUUGUGCACACAUUCGAAACAUCAGUGAUAGACUGGAGUAAGGAGGCAAAAAAGAUUAUAGAAAUGGGUUCAGACAAAAUUCUAGAUGAAAUGGAAGCGAGCGACAAGUAUCAAGGCCCGUUAUUUGAACUUGAUUUCUGGGAAACAAAAAAAACAAAACUGAGAAAUCUUGUAGAUCAAUUGAGCAACGAGAAGGUAAAACUUGUUGUAUCAACCCUAGAGAAAACACAGAGUUCCUACGUAACAGGAUUUAAAAAGAUGAUAGACGAGUUACAUUUUUCUUUGAAGGAGGCUGAAGAAAUAUCUCGAUAUUUAGAACCUCUAAGAAAGUAUUUUGACAUGAUUAACGAUGCAACUAUUUAUAUUGGCGAUUUGACAGAAGUGUUGAAGCCUACUCUUUAUCUAAUAGCUUUGGUUUGGCAAAAGUGUGAAUUCUUUACAAUAGGAAAUCUUUUUGUUCUUAUCAGAGAACUUUGUAAUGACAUAAUUUAUAGAUUAUAUAACUUUAUAGAGCCUGCAGAUCUUUGGGGAAAUCCAACGAAACUCAUUGCAGAAAAGUUGGAAUUGUCGUACACAGUUUGUGAGCAAUUCAAGAUUUUAUUUUUCCAAUACAGAGAUAAUGUAAAUAAGACAAACACUCAAAAACCUUGGAAAUUUGAGGGCUCUAAGAUUUUUAAUCGACUCAACAGUUUCAUUGAAAGAUUGCAUGAUAUUAGGACGAUCGCUUUGUAUGUUGACGAUAUGAUGAUGCUGGAUAAGUUUGAUGUUGGAGGAGUAAAUGGAGGUGAAGCAUCCAGUAUGAUUGCACAAGUAUUUGAAGAUUUUGUAGAACAGCAACAGAAAAUCCAGAAUGUGACAUACGACAUUUUAGAUCUAAAACAAACACAGUUUGACAAAGACUUUUACAAGUUUUGUGAGUGCAUCAAUGACUUUGACAAGAGAAUUUGCUUUGUCAUUAACAAGAGUUUACAACUGAAUCCAAAUCUCAAAUUUGCGUUUAAAUUCCUUGAAACAUUAGAGCCACAAACACGAAGAGAAAGAAUAAGGCAGGAGGUUGAAUCAAAAACAACAGGAUUGGUUCACAUCUACAUGGAAGAGCUGUCCAAAGUGUCAACCAUGUUCAACAGAAACAGAGAGGAGCCUCCAGUGCUUGACAACUUUCCCAAGGUGUCUGGAGCCAUUGCAUGGUGUAAGGCGUUGAGAGAACGAAUUACAUGGCCUCUAGAUAGUCUUAAAGCCAAACCAUUUUUAUCAGGAACAUCUCUGAUGAACGAAGUGAUGGAUCGCUAUAAUAGACUUAUUGUACAAUUGGAAAAGUAUGAAGAAGAAGUGUUCAAUUGCUGGAAAUAUUUAUUAGAAAAGAACACGCUAUGUCACUUAAAUGAUAAUGUUAUCAUUAGACUUAACGACUCCAGAUUGCAGGUAAAUUUCAAUUCAGAGCUCGCAUUUUGCAUUCAGGAAGUUGAACAACUUGGCUCUUAUUGCUCGGUAAUUCCUACAGAGGCUUUGGAGCUUUUUUCAAAGGGUGAUUCCUUCCGUCUGAAAAUUUCCAUUAUGGAUCUGAUGGUCAGACAGUACAACACAGUUAUUCAGACGCUAUUAGAGGUUGAAAAGCCUUUAUUGUCUGACAAGUUGAAGGAAGCAGACACACUCAUAGAAGAAGCAACACACAAUCUAACAUGGAAGAGCGAUAUUGACAAUUUUAUUUCGAAUUCACGAGAGGUGGUUAAAGAUUUAUAUAACCGAACUAAUUUCUUGAAAGGCAAUGUCAAAACUAUUGAAAAGAUGGUGGAUAGUUGGAUGACUAUUUCCUCCUUAAUCAUCACAGACAACUCUGCUCAAGAUGAUCUAAAGGAAAGAAAAAGUAGUAAGGUUCUCGAUAUGGUCUCAUUCUGGAGAAAGAGUGACCCUCCUAGUGUAACGAACACAGUAUUCGCUCAAUGGAAGGCAAAAGUUUCUUCAAAUAUCAAAAGAUUAUCAGACGUUCCUAUUCAAAGUGAAAGAAUUCAUCAAAUAAUAGCCAGUAGUUAUGACAAGAUAUGCCCCACUGCUAUUACACAAGAAUGGGAAGGAUAUUGGAAAAAUUAUAUUCUCUUUGUUAACAACAUUGUAGAAAAAGGGCUGUUUAAGGCUAUUAGAGAAGGAUUAACCUUUUUGAUCAACUCUUUUUCUUCCAAAUCGGAGCUGCUGAGUCAAAAUAAUCCCAAAAUUAACAGCAGUAUUUUCAUUACUGUCAAGUUAGAAUUGCUCGGAAAUGAUGCUAUUUUCACACCCAACCUUAUUGAAAGUGCUACUAGUGUUCACAAUAGCGUGAAAGUAUGGGUAAGCAGAGUGUUAGGUCUUUCGACAAUGGUUAAAAGAUUAGAUAUGUCUUUAACCUUUGAAGAGGUUAUUGCAAAGGAUCCAAGCAUUGAAGAGCUAAAACAAAAAGUUUUUGUGUUAAUGAACUCCACCAUCAAGGACAUGGAAGCUCUUCGGGAAAAAUUUUGUGAAUACUCCAUGCUAUGGCAAGAAGAUCCUAAAGAUUAUUUGAACAGAUUCAUUAAAAGUGGAGGAGACGACGUGAGGUUUAACAGCGACAGUGACAUGUCUGAUAGCGAAGAAGUUGCUGAGGUUGAAGGUGAAAAUGUAAUUGCAUCCUUGGAGGAAUUUGAAAUGCAAAUAUUGAAAUAUGAAAAGAUGGUUAAUGAAAUAACAGAAUUACCUGACAAAGCCUCGUUUGGGUGGCUAACUGUGGACGCUUCUCCCAUUAAGGCAGCUUUAUCUAACUUGGCUAGCAAAUGGAGAUUCACUUUCUUAGAUUACUUACUUUCUGAUGUGAAGCAAACACUAUCGGAGUUUAAUGAGUUUGUUUUGGAGAUAACAACAGGCCUUACUCAGCCAAUACCAAAAGAUGAUUACCCUAAACUGGUUGAAAUGAUGAGAUAUAUCGUAAGAUUUAAGGAAAGACCUGAGCACAAACAAAAGGAUGGGCUCUUUGAAAACUUGAGAGAAACAGUACAAUUACUGAAGAAAUAUGGUAUCAUUGUUCCACAAGAGGUAGUUGUGGAUUUGGAUGACGCAAAAAAUAAGUGGAACGAUUUGUCCAAAGUCUACUUUGAUGUUAAGGAUAAGCUUUCAGUUGUGCAAGAUGAAGAAAUCAAAAAGAUUUCAAAGGAAGAAGUGCAAUUUAACCAACUAUCCGAGGCUUUCAGAGAAGAAUUUUUGCAGAUGUCUCCUUUUGAUUACAGUGUCGGUUUGGAAGAAUGUUAUGAACGAAUUGAUCGAGUUAAUGAGAAGCUCAUUGAAGUCGAAGACAGCAUGAGAGAAUUGAGAGACCGACAAAAACUAUUUGGGUUAAUGCAAAACCAAGGAAAAAUAGUUAGAGAAUCGCGAACAGAAUUAAGACUUCUGAAAAGAAUAUGGGACUUGGCUUCUUUGGUGAAAUGGCAAAUUGAUGAAUGGAAACGAAUUCCUUUCCUCAAGAUUAACGACGACGAGCUUUCUGAAGAAACAAAGAAAUUUAUUUUGGAGUUGAAAUCUGUUGAUAAGAGAGUGAAGAGAUGGGAUGUAUUUAUUGGACUUCAAAAUUUUGUUGACAACUUUAUGAUCACACUACCCAUGAUACAAAAGUUGAGAAAUCCAGGAAUGAGAAGCAGACAUUGGAAACAAUUAAUGGAAAAGGCCAAGUUUGAAUUUGAUAUUACAAAUAACUUUACUCUUUCUGAUCUUCUUUCAUUGGAACUCCACAACUACCAGGAAGAUGUUAAUGAAAUUGUCGACAGAGCAGAGAAGGAAAUGAAAAUGGAGAAACAAUUGAAAGACCUUGAAGCUAUUUGGAGUGAUCUGUCAUUUGAUUUUACGCUCCACGUCAAUGGAGUAGAAAUAGUGAAAGUGUCAGAGGACGUUAGAGACAACCUUGAAGAGAAUCAGCUUCAACUCCAAGCAAGUAGUGCAAGUAGAUUUGUCGAGUUCUUUAUCGAAGAGAUUGAAGAUUGGUUAAGAAAGCUAGGACGAGUAGAUGCCGUAGUUACAGGUCUACUUGACGUACAAAGAAAAUGGUUAUACUUGGAAAACAUCUUCAUAGGUACUGACGAUAUUCGUCAGCAACUUCCAAAUGAUGCUAAAAACUUUGAUGGCGUUGAUAGAGAGCUAAGAAGUAUUCUCAUUACAGCAAAACAAGUCAAGAAUAUUGUUGCAUUUUGCUCUCAACCAGGUCUAGAAGAUACAAUCACUGUUUUACAAAACAAACUCACGUCAUGUGAGCAUCAACUCAGCAAAUAUUUGGAAACAAAGAAAAAGGCAUUCCCUAGAUUUUACUUUACAUCAGAAUCAGAUUUGUUGGACAUAUUAAGCAAAGGAGGUCAGUCACCUCACAAAAUACUGAAGCAUAUGCCAAAGUUAAUACAAGCUGUCAAAACUUUGAAAUUCAAGACUGAUGAGCAAGGUAAUCAGUCGAAUGAAGUCAUUUCAAUUAUAAGUAGAGAAGAUGAAGAGGUGAAAUUAACAACUCCUUGCAUAUUACAAGGAAAGGUUGAAGAUUAUCUGAACGACUUGCUUAAGGCCAUUUCUAAAACGUUGAGAGACAUUUUGUCUGAAGCCAUCACUACCUAUUCAAGUAAUAAUAGAGAGGAAUGGCUGACUGGAUAUCCGGCACAAGUCGUAUUGGUGACUUCUCAGAUUUUUUGGACAAUGGAAGUGAAUCAAGCUUUUGAUGCUCUCGAAGAAAACAAUGAAAGUGCAAUGAAGAAUUACUACAAGAAGCAAGUGAAUCAGCUCAACAAACUCAUUACAAUGGUUCAAGGAGAUUUGGAAAAAGGAGAAAGACAAAAGGUCAUGAAUCUAGUAACUUUAGACGUACAUGCUAGAGACAUUGUCGACAAAUUAAUAAGCGACAACAUCACAUCAUCUCAAGAUUUUGGAUGGCAAUGUCAGCUAAGACAGCGUUGGGAUGCAGAACAUCAAGAUUGCAUUAUUGAUAUUUGUGACGCUACGUUUAAGUAUGGAUACGAGUAUCUUGGUAAUGGUCCUCGUCUUGUGAUUACUCCUCUUACUGACCGUAUUUAUAUUACUUUAACUCAGAGUUUACACUUAAUUAUGGGUGGUGCUCCAGCGGGCCCUGCAGGAACUGGUAAAACAGAAACAACUAAGGAUUUAGGAUCUCAGCUCGGAAAAUCUGUAUACGUAUUCAACUGUUCAGAUCAAAUGAACAAUGAAAGUUUAGCUGACAUUUUUAAAGGAUUGGCAUCGAGCGGUGCUUGGGGAUGUUUUGAUGAAUUUAACAGAAUUGCUGUGGAAGUAUUGUCUGUGGUUUCCACUCAAUUCAAGAGCAUCUUAAAUGCCAUCAGAGCCAAGAAAGAUAGGUUCUUGUUUGAGGGAGAAGAAAUUUCUCUUGACCCAACAAAUGGAGUAUUUAUCACCAUGAAUCCAGGUUAUCUGGGAAGAACUGAGUUACCAGAGUCUUUGAAAGCGCUUUUCAGACCUGUUACUGUCGUAGUACCAGACUUGGAGUUAAUUUGUGAAAACAUGCUAAUGGCAGAAGGUUUCAAAGAGGCAAAACAAUUAGCGAAAAAAUUUAUUACCCUGUACAGUUUAAACAAAGAUUUACUUUCAAAGCAAGACCAUUACGAUUGGGGACUUCGUGCCAUCAAAUCUGUCUUGGUUGUUGCUGGUACCUUAAAAAGAUCCGAACCGUCUAUGCCUGAAACUCAAGUACUUAUGAGAGCUCUCAGAGAUUUCAAUCUACCAAAGAUUGUACAAGACGACUUGGAAGUCUUCACUGGUUUAAUUAAUGAUUUAUUCCCAGGAAUCGACCCUCCUCGUAAGGUAGAUAAGGAAUUUGAGCAAAUAGCUGCUGAACAAAUUGCAGAAAUGAAAUUGCAACCUGAAGACAGCUUGGUGCUGAAAGUGGUUCAGUUAGCAGAAUUGUUAGAAGUACGUCAUAGCGUCUUUAUUAUUGGUCCUUCUGGCUCUGGAAAAUCUGUUUGUUGGAAAUCUCUUGCUGCAGCAAAACGAGCAAGACAUGAAAAAGUUCUUGUGAGGUAUCUCGACCCCAAGGCAAUUACGUCUCAUGAGCUUUACGGUUACAAGAAUGAUCAAACUGAUGAAUGGAGAGAUGGAUUGCUGAGUAGUAUCAUGAAAAAUUUGGCAGAGAGAGAAGAUACAGAUCCAAAAUGGAUUAUACUCGACGGUGACCUUGAUACUGAAUGGAUUGAGUCAAUGAACUCUGUCAUGGACGACAAUCGAAUUCUAACUCUUGCAAACAAUGAUCGUAUUCCAUUGCUUUCACACAUGAGGUUGAUAUUUGAGAUUUCACACUUGAAAUACGCAACGCCUGCCACAGUCUCGAGAGCCGGAGUACUAUUCAUUGGAGAAAAGGACAUAGGAUGGCAACCUUAUGUAGCUUCAUGGAUCGACACUAGACCUCAGGUAGAACGUGCCCAUUUAGUUAUUCUGGUUGACAAGUACAUACCUGAAACUCUAAAAUUUAUCAGAGCUAAUUUCAAGCAUUUAAUUCCUCUUUCAGAUUUUGACAUGGUAUCAUCUCUUUUCCAAAUUUUAGAAAGCUUGUUCGUAAAGUAUCCAACCCAUGGAGAGAAAGAAACAAUAGAAAGCUUCUUUGCUUUUUCAACAAUUUGGGCCUUCAUGGGAGCUGUGGUUGACAAUGAAAAACACACAAACAAAGGAUUAUUCGAUAAGUGGUGGCGUACUACUUUUAAGACCGUCAAAUUUAGUGAUGAAUAUUCUGUUUUUGACUUCUACUACAAUCCAACAUCAAAAUGUAUGGAACCUUGGAAAGAUAUAAUGCCAAGUUAUGAAUUUGAUGUUGAUAUUCCAGUACCUCAAAUUAUGGUUCCAACAGAAGAGACAACAUGCAUUAGAUAUUUAAUGGACCACGUUGUUGAUUUUGGCAAGCCACUUAUGUUGGUUGGAAAUGCGGGAGUUGGUAAAACUCAAAUCAUUCAGGAUAAGCUCAAUAAUUUGGAUAUUUUAAACUUUUCAUCAACAACCAUUAAUUUCAACUACUAUACCGACUCGGAGUCUCUUCAAAAGUUCUUGGAAAGCUCCUUAGAAUCAAAGGGAGGAAAGAGACUUGGGCCACCAGGUAACAAAAAGAUGAUUUUCUUCAUUGACGAUUUCAACAUGCCAAAAGUGGACGCCUACGGCACGCAAACACCAAUUGCUUUACUCAGACAGCACUUGGAUUAUGGAUGCUGGUAUGAACGAGCAAAAUGGAAUUUGAAAGAAAUCAUUAAGGUUCAAUAUAUUUGUGGUAUGAACCCCACAGCUGGUAGUUUUGUUGUAAAUCCUCGAUUGCAACGUCAUUUCAUAACUUUGGGCAUUAACUUCCCAUCAAGAGCUAGUUUACAGAAAAUUUAUGGCGCAAUCUUAAGUGGUCAUCUGAAAAGAUUCUCUUCAGAUAUCAGUAACUUGGUCAAUAAUAUCAUGAAUUCAGUUAUUGACGUUCACGAAAAGGUUGUGAAUGUUUUCCCAAAGACUGCCCACAAAUUCCAUUAUGAGUUCAAUUUAAGACAGCUCUCAAGCUUGUUUGAAGGAUUGUUACGAAGCGAGCCUUCCGAGUUCAAAGACCAAAAAGCUGGAGCAUUUAAAUUUGCAAGAUUAGUCGCCCAUGAAAUUUGUCGUGUAUAUGGAGAUAGAUUGUCUUCGAGGACUGAUGUGGCUCUCUUUGAAAAAGAUAUUAAGGGAAUUUUGAACGACAAAUUCCCAGAGUUUGGUGGUGAAGCUGUUACAAGAAAGCCAUUAGUAUUCUCUCACUUUGUUAAUGGUGCAGAUGGAUCGUAUGAUGAGUUCACCAGCAUGGACAGUAUUAGAGCUGUCCUUGAGGAAGCGCUCGGCAGAUAUAACCAAACAAAGGCUUCCAUGGAUUUAGUCCUUUUCGAAGAUGCUCUUGAACAUAUUUGCAGAAUCAACAGAAUCAUUAAGGGAGCCAAUGGUAAUGCGUUAUUGGUUGGUGUUGGAGGUAGUGGUAAACAAAGCUUAUCAAGACUUGCUGCCUAUAUUGGAGAUUUUGAGAUUUAUAAAAUUGUUAUCACGAAGGAAUAUGGAGUUAACAAUCUAAAAGAAGAUUUAAAGAUAAUGUACAAGAAAGCAGGGAAAGGACAAAAAUUAGUUUUCCUGAUUAAUGAUAACCAAAUUAUUGACGAAAGAUUUUUAGUAUAUAUCAACGAUUUACUUUCAACUGGUAAUAUACCAGACUUGUUUGCAAGUGAUGAGCGUGAAGAAAUUGCAAACUCUCUAAGAACAGAAGUGAAAUCUGCAGGUAUUUUUGACAUCUCGAAGGAAAGCUGUUGGAAGUUUUUCAUUAACAAAGUGAGGAAAAAUCUACACGUUGUUUUGUGUUUCUCACCAGUUGGUGACAAUCUUAGAAUAAGAAGCAGAAAUUUCCCUGCCAUCAUUAACUGUACUCAGAUCGACUUUUUCUUCCCAUGGCCUCAGGAAGCUCUUCUAAGUGUUGCUGAUAAGUUUUUGAGACCUGAACAAGCGAUUACUGGAGAAAACCAUCCUUCCAUUGUAAAAGCAAUGUCUUUUAUGCAUGAAAAAGUGAAUGAAUUCAGUGAAAAGUUUUUACAAGAUUUAGGAAGACAUACAUAUACCACUCCAAAGAGUUAUUUGGAAUUUAUUAAGCUUUACAAGUCAUUGCUUUUCAAGAAGAGAGAACAUAUUAAAUCACUCAUUGACAGACUAAGCCAAGGAAUACAAAAGUUGAGGGAUACCACACAAAAUGUUACAAAGCUUCAAAAGCAAUUAGAGAUUCAAGAGAAAGAGGUUAAAGAAAGAGAAGCAGCUGCUGAUGUUAUUCUGGAGAAAGUUAAAAAAGAAAGAGCCAUUGUUGAAGCUGAAAAUAGAAAGGCAUUAACCGAGGAGAAAAAUGCUUCAGAAAUAAGCCAACAAGUUGCGCAACAGACUCUUGAAUGUGAGGAAGAAGUUGCUAAAGCGAAACCAAUUUUGGAAAGUGCAGAACAAGCUCUAAAGACGUUGAACAGAAACGAAUUGACAGAAUUAAGAUCGUUCAAGACUCCAAACAAAAAUGUAUUGCUUGUUUUCCAAGCAGUUCUUAUUUUGCUAAGUCCAAAGAAUGGAGUAUCAAAAGAUUUGAGUUGGUCUGCAGCUCAAAAAGCCAUGGCUAAAGGAGCAGACAAGUUUUUAUCGUUACUAGAAGCAUACGAUGCUAAAAACAUUCACCCACACAUACUUCCAGCUAUCAAGCCCUUUAUGGACAAUCCAGACUUUACUGGAGAGCAAAUCAAGAAGCAUUCAUCUGCAUCUGCUGGUUUGUGUGAUUGGGUGAGAAAUACCAUUGAGUACAAUAGAGUGUUUGUGGAUGUGAAACCUAAAUUUGACAGUCUAGAAAAAGCCAAGAUUGACAAAGCCAACGCCGAAGAAAAGUUGAAUAAGGUGAGGAAGACAGUUUCCAAACUGCAAAAGCAGCUUAAAAAAAUCGAAGCAGACUAUCAAGCUGCUGAAGACGAGAAGAAUGCAGCACUUGAUAUUGCAAGAAAAACACAAGAAAAACUUGACUUGGCUCAAAGAUUCGUGAAAGCAUUGUCUUCAGAAAAUGCUCGUUGGGUAGAAGAAAUUCAAAAAUUACAAGCACUUAAUAAUGUUUUGAUUGGAGAUGUAUUACUGGCUUCUGCUUUCAUUUCGUAUGCUGGUAGUUUCGAUAUGCAUUUCAGAAACGAUUUAGUGGAGUCUUGGAAGAAAGAAAUGUUAGAGUUGAAGAUACCAAUUUCUGAAAACGUGAAUAUAGUUGAUGUACUAACUAACGAUGCUGAAAUAGCCAAGUGGGGAAAUCAAAAGCUUCCAUCUGACAAAACCAGUAUAGAAAAUGGCUGUAUUUUACUGAAUUGCGAAAGAUGGCCACUAGUGAUUGAUCCUCAAUUACAAGCAAUUACCUGGAUCAAGAAUCAGUUCACAGAUAUUGUGUUACUGAGACUUGAACAGCAUGACUUAAUUGAAAAGAUGGAGAGAGCAAUACAAAAAGGAAGUACGGUGUUGAUAGAAAACAUUAAGGAGUCAAUUGACGCAAUUCUAUCUCCGGUAGUUGGAAGAAACAUUAUUCAUAGUGGCUCUGGAAAGUACAUCAAACUUGGCAAAAACGAAGUUGAGUAUAAUGAGAACUUUAGAUUAAUAUUGCACACCAAGUUGAGUAACCCUCAUUAUAACCCUGAAAUUCAAGCCGAAACAACAUUAAUCAAUUUUUCAGUUACGGAGGAAGGUUUAGAAGAGCAACUUUUAGCGCUAGUUGUACAGAAAGAGCGUUCAGAUUUGGAAGAGAAAAAAUCAGAGUUGAACACCAAGAAGAACGAGUUUAAGAUCAAGCUAAAAGAGCUAGAAGACAAUCUUCUUGAAAACUUGAAGUACAAGGGUGACAUUCUUGGAAAUGUAGAUCUCAUAUCAGGUUUAGAAAAUACCAAGAAAACAAGCGAGGAAAUCAAACUACAAGUUUUGGAGUCUAUUGAAACAGAGAAGGAUAUUAACUCUGCAAGAGAAAAUUAUAGAAAAGUGGCUAAGAGAGGUUCCAUGUUGUACUUCCUCUUAGAUCAGCUUCAACUUGUUGAACACAUGUACAAGUAUUCUUUAGGAGCCUUUACUGUUGUUUUUAACAGAGCUAUAACCAAAACGGAGAAGGUUGAAAAUGAAGAUCUUUUCGUCAGAAUAGAAAAGUUGAUUGAUUCAAUUACAUUUUCAUGCUAUGAAUAUGUUGAACGCGGUUUAUUCGAAAGACACAAGCUCAUAUUUAUUACAAACUUAUGCUUUGCAAUUAAUCAUGACAAGUUUAAGCCAGACCAUUUAGACUUUUUAAUUAAAUGCUCCCCUGAUCCAAAUACACCCAAAGAGAACCCAUUUUCAGAUUGGCUUUCAGAUUUUAGUUGGAGAGCAAUUUACAAGUUAAACCAAUUGGAAGGUUUUGAAAAGUUAUAUGAUGAUAUUGUGAAUUCUGGAAAACGAUGGAAGUUAUGGUCCAUGUUGGAAGCUCCAGAAAAAGAGAGUCUACCUCAAGAAUGGAAGAAAAAGUCUGGCUUUGAAAAACUUCUCAUCAUUAGAGCGUUGAGACCUGAUAGAAUCACUCAAGCCUUGAAAGAAUUUGUUGGAGAGAUCAUGGGCACCAAGUAUGUCGAUUCAAUUCCAUUCUCAUUAGAUAAGAUAUUUGCAGAGUCAAGACCAAAUACCCCUCUCUUCUUUAUUUUGUUCCCUGGUGCUGACCCUAUCAAAACGAUUGAGGCACUCGGAAAAAGACUUGGAUUCUCUGAAGAGAAUGAAAAGUUUGUGAACAUUUCAAUGGGUAAAGGCCAAGAAGAACAUGCAGAAAGGCAACUUCAACGAGCCUAUGAAAUUGGUGGUUGGGUGGUUCUACAAAAUAUUCAUCUCAUGAAAAAGUGGUUACCAACAUUGGAAAGAAAAUUAGAAAAACUGUCAGAAGGCUCUCACAAAGAUUUUCGUGUUUUCCUCACGGCAGAGCCAACACAUCAUCCUGUUAUUCCUCAAAGUAUUCUUCAAAACUCGAUCAAAAUUACAAACGAACCACCUCAAGAUCUUUCAGCCAAUUUACACAGAGCGCUUUCUAACUUUUCACAAGAGUUCUUUGAGUCCUCAAUUAAGCAAAGCGAGUUCAAAACAAUUCUCUUUGCACUUUGCUUUUUCCAUGCUGUAGUAUUGGGAAGAAGAAAGUUUGGCUUCCAAGGUUGGAGCAGAAGCUACAGUUUCAACAAUGGAGAUUUAACAAUUAGCGCUGAUGUGUUGUAUAACUACUUGGAAACCAAUGACUCGAUUCCAUGGGAAGAUAUUAGAUAUAUAUUUGGAGAAAUUAUGUAUGGUGGUCAUAUCACGGAUUACUGGGAUCGUAGAACUUGCAGUACAUACUUGAAAUGUCUGUUAAGAGAACAAUUAUUUGAUGAGAUGGAAUUGGGUCCUGGAUUUAAGGCACCAUCAAGCAUGCAGUCUCUUGAUGAUUAUCACGAGUUCAUUAAUGAAAAGUUACCAUCCGAGUCACCUGCUCUGUUUGGGCUUCACCCUAAUGCCGAGAUUGACUUCCUGACCAACCAAGCUGAAUCUCUAUUUUCUUCAAUCAUUAGAAUUAGAGGAGAGAGUGGUUCUUCCUCUCACGAUGCUAUUGAUGAUUCAACGGCACAUCAAAUUGAAGAAUUGUACAAUAUGCUUCCUGACAAUUUUGAUUUGGAUGAAAUUGCAAGUCGAGCAGACAAAAAGAUUCCUUUCGUAGCUGUUUGUUUGCAAGAAUGUGAACGAAUGAACAUUCUGUUAACAGAAAUCAAAACUUCACUCACAGAACUUCGAAAAGGUUUGAAUGGAGAGUUAACCAUUUCGGAACAAAUGGACCAUUUGAGAAAAUCACUUUCCUAUGAUCAAGUUCCAGAUCGAUGGCAUAAAGUUGCAUAUCCCUCUCGUAAACCUCUCAAUCCAUGGUUUGAAGAUUUAAUCAAGAGAGUACGACAACUCGAAGAAUGGAGUUCUGAAUUGACUCUUCCAAAAGUGGUAUGGCUUUCAGGUUUGUUCAAUCCAAUGGCAUUCCUCACAGCAAUCAUGCAAACAUCUGCUCGUAAGAAUGGAUAUCCAUUAGAUAAGAUGUGUAUUCAAACAGAAGUUCUCAAAAAGACUCGAUCUGAAAUUCCACCCACUCCUCCCAGAGAAGGUUGUUAUGUGGAUGGAUUUAUUCUAGAAGGAGCUGGAUGGGACAUGAAAACAGGUAUUCUGAGAGAGAGUGAUCUCAAAGUAUUACAUACUCCAAUGCCAGUCAUUCACAUCAAAGCAGUUCCAAUUGACAAGAAGGACGUGAAAAGUAUUUAUGAAUGUCCUGUCUAUAUUACUCCACAACGAGGACCAACGUAUAUUUUCACAGCACAACUCAAAACGAAACAUGAUGUUUCCAAGUGGAUUCUUGGUGGUGUUGCUUUACUACUUGGAAAUUAA